UUCUGGGCGCUGAGGGGGCGCGCACGCAGCGUCCCGGAAGCAGCGGCCGGAGCGGGGAGGGUGUCUGAAGUCGGCUGACCGGGCGUGGGGGUUUGCGAUCCCGGCCCUGGGGGUUGGGCCCACCGCGGCGGGGUGGUGUGGUAAGGCUCAUUCACCUGGAAAUCAUUGCUAACAUGGAUGAACGAACACGCAGUUGUUUAUUACAAAAUCGCUCUGCACUUGAGCAAGAUAUCAAGACCUCGUAUAUUAUGGAUCACCUCAUAAGUGAAGAGGUUCUGAGUCUCGAGGAUGAACAGAAAGUUAGAGCUCAGGUUACUCAGAAAGAACGAGCUGCUUUACUUAUAAACCUAAUUCUUCAAAAGGGUAAUUAUGCUGUCAUUUCUUUCUACAAUGCGUUACUGAAUGAAGGGUACAAGGAACUUGCUGCGCUUCUUCAAGAUGGCCUUCCGAUUGUCUCUGCUUCUGCAAAUAAAACAUCUAUAGAUGGUCCAACUGCUUGUGUUCAAACUAUACUUUGUGAAGGUGGUGUGCCACAGCGCCCUGUUGUGUUUGUUGAUCGUCCAGAACUUGUGCGAUCUAUCCGAAACGUACUCUACCAGCUGGAAAAAGAACCUGGGUGGAUUACUAUAUAUGGGAUGGCAGGUUGUGGAAAGUCAGUAUUAGCAGCUGAAGCUCUAAGGAAUCACACUGUUAUAACCACGUGUUUCCCUGGAGGAGUACACUGGGUAGCAGUUGGAAAGCAAGACCGUGCAGGUAUCCUUGUUAAACUGCAGAAUCUCUGCAGCCGACUUAACCAGGAGUCACAUACUUACCCAAGUCCACCCCUUAACAUUGAGGAAGCUAGGGACCGACUCCGGUUUUUGAUGGCACGUAAAUACCCCAGAUCCCUUUUGGUACUGGAUGACAUUUGGGACAGCUGGGUGCUAAAGUGUUUUGAUGUUCAAUGUCGUAUUCUAAUCACCAGCAGAGACAAGAGCAUUGCGGAUGUAGUUACAGGUAAUAACUUCUCAGUUUCCGUGCAAAGUGGUCUGACCAAUGACAAGGGACUGGAAGUACUAGCACGUUUUGUUAGUGUGGAAGUGCCCUCUCUGCCAAAAGAAGCACACAGUAUAGUACAGGAAUGCAAAGGUUCUCCUCUUGUGGUCUCCCUUAUUGGUGCACUGUUGCGAGAAUUUCCAAAGCGCUGGAAAUAUUAUCUCAGCCAGCUACAAAAUAAACAGUUCAAAAGAAUUCGCAAAUCUUCCUCCUAUGAUUAUGAAGCACUCGAUGAGGCCAUGGCAAGCAGCAUUGAGGUGUUGGAUGAUUACAAGGAAUACUACAAAGAUCUCUCUAUACUGAGAAAGGAUGUGAAAGUUCCAACUAAGGUUCUGAGUAUUCUUUGGGCAUUAGAAACAGAAGAAGUGGAAGACAUCUUACAAGUAUUUGUCAACAAAUCUUUAUUGUUCUGUGACCGCAAUGGGAAAUCGUUUCAUUAUUACCUGCAUGAUUUACAGUUGGACUUCCUGACUGAACAGUAUCGCAAUCAGCUUCCGGACUUGCAUGCAAAAAUGGUUCAGCAAUAUCAGAAGACAUAUAAAGGACAGUUUCCAACACCACCUGAUGAGGAUUGUAUGUAUUGGUAUAGUUUUCUACCAAACCAUAUGGCUGAAGCGAAUAUGGACAAGGAACUCUACUCACUCAUGUUUUCAGUGGAUUGGAUAAAGGCCAAAACUGAACUGAUGGGCCCAGCCCAGUUGAUAAAUGACUUUGUGGAAUAUAGGCACAUACUGGAUAAAGAGAACAGUACAGUGCGGGAAAAUUUUCAAGAAUUCUUGUCUUUGAAAGGCCAUCUUCUUGUGCAGAAACCCUUUCCAGAUAUUGUACAAUUGGGCCUUUGUCAGCCUGAACACUCCGAAGUGUACCGGCAGGCAAAACUGCAGGCUGUGGAACGAGCCAGAAAAGGGGCUGUAUACCUGGAUUGGAUGAACAAGAAGGCCUUGCAGAACUUAUCUCGCCUUGUUGUUCGACCUCACAGUGAUGCUGUUUUUCACGCCUGUUUUUCUCAUGAUGGGUUGAAGAUAGCUUCUUGUGGAGCAGAUAAAACUUUGCAGGUUUUUAAAAGUGAAACUGGCGAGAAACUUCUGGAACUCACAGGACAUGAUGAUGAAGUUCUAUGUUGUGCAUUUUCACCAGAUGACAAGUUUGUCGCCACGUGUUCCUCAGAUACAAAAGUUAAGGUUUGGAAUUUAUUAUCUGGGGAGUUGUAUCAUACAUACCAUGAACAUAGUGAACAAGUCAACUAUUGUUGUUUUUCACAUUCGCCAAAUAAGAUUCUUUUGGCAACCUGCUCUAAUGAUACCUAUUUGAAAACAUGGGAUCUCAAAGGAACAAACUGUAGGAACACUUUGUUUGGCCACACAGAUUAUAUUAACCAUUGCAGGUUUUCACCUGAUGACCAAUAUUUGGCAAGUUGCUCCAAUGAUGGGACGGUGAAGCUAUGGGACACCUCCUCAGCUAAUCAGUGGAAGAGCUUUGAUGUACGUGAGCAAUUCCAGAAACCAGAUGCUGCUGACAAUGAUGAUGAUGAGGAAGAGGUGGAGGUGUUGUUAAAAUGCUGCACGUGGUCAUCUGAUGGCACUCAAAUCAUGGCAGCUGCAAAAAAUGUUAUCUUUGUUUUCGAUGUCUUGACCGGUGACAUUUUAACUGAAUUAAUGACAAGUAGCUCUUGCACAAUUCAGUCUUGUGAUGUUUCUCUUACCAGCCCAUUAUUGGCAGUGGCCUUGUCACACAACUCUGUCGAGCUAUGGAACUUGGAUUUGCGCAAGAGAGUAGCUGACUGCAGUGGCCACUUGAGCUGGGUUCAUUGUGUUCAAUUUUCAUUGGAUGGUUCAACUUUACUAUCAUCUUCAGAUGACCAAACUGUUAGACUAUGGAAUACCAAUAAAGUGCAUAGUGCCUCUGCUGUGUCCUUGGUUCGAGAUAUGGAUGCAGUCUUCCAUAAGGAUGAAGUCUUUGUUUUAGUUUCUGAUAAGAAAAAGUGUUUACAGCUAAUAAACGGGAAAACUGGUGAUGUAAUAUGUCAGAGUGAGGUCCAAAACUCGUGUAUUCGUUGUUGCUGCCUUAACCAUCAGGUUAAUUUGGCUGCAAUUGGACGUGGAGAUGGAAUCUUAAAGGGAGGCAUGAUGUCGGCCAAGUUCAUCCUGCAGAGCAUUGGGUGGAAGAGACAGCACUUCCAGCAGAGCCUGUUGGUAGCAGUAGGGCUAGAAAAUGGCACACUGAAGGUUCUGGAGCUUCCUAGUGGCAAAAUUCAAAAGACAUUGACAGGUCACACGGCGUGUGUCCAACAAUGUCAGUUUACAUCUGAUGGUACGAUGCUCAUUUCCAGUUCUGAUGACUCCACAAUAAGGGUAUGGAAUUGGCGCACAGAGGAGUGCAAAGUCCUUGCAGGGCACACUGAACAAGUGAAAAAUUUUAAGCUGCUUAAAGAACCACAACUUCUGUCCUGGUCUUUUGAUGGGACUGUGAAGGUAUGGGAUUACAACUCUGGCAAAUUGUUGAAGGACUAUAGUUGUCAUAUGGGAGCAGCAGUUCUGUCGUGUGAUGCAGCACCCAAUGGCAGUAGAAUUGCUUCUGCUUCGGCUGAUAAAAGUGCAAAGAUUUUGAGCCUGAAUAGCGCCAUGCCUGUUCACAGUCUGACUGGUCAUAAUGCCUGUGUCCGGAGCUGCAAGUUCACAUGGGAUAAUGAAUGUUUGGCUACAGGAGAUGACAAUGGUGAAAUCAGGAUCUGGAGGGUACACGAUGGCUGUUUGCUUCAUAUUUGUUCUGAAGAAUCGGAGAUCAAAGAUUCCAAACAUGGAGGUUGGGUCACAGAUCUUCACUUCUCCCCAAACAGUAAGACAUUGGUUUCAACUGGUGGUUACAUAAAGUGGUGGGAUAUGAAUACAGGAGAAUCUCUGCAGACGUUCUAUACAAAUGGGACAAACCUGAAGUCCAUACAUGUUUCAUCUGACUUCAAGACCUAUGUAACGAUUGAUAAUAUUGGAAUACUGUAUAUCUUGAAAAUGAUAAACUGAAACUCCUUACUCUGGAAAAAAAAAGUGCCACAAAGCUUUUGUAUUGCCACUAGGAGGGGUUGCAUUUAUUGCACUUAAAAUGCUGUCUUUGAACUUGUGGACAAAGCAGGAUAUGGAAUGAGAGCCAUUACAUUUUCUAAUUUUUCGUGCACAGCAAAUUGCUACUGAGCCAUUGGAUGUUUUGAGGAACUAAGCUUAAUGGGAAAGUGCCAACAGUGUACAACAAGCCGCAACAGUGUGUAAUGCUUUUUUUUCUAUUAUUCGCAAACUCUGGAUUCUGUGAUUGCACUGCUGGUGUUUUAUUGUGGCAGUGUGUAUUUAAAGAUUUUGAACACAGUAAGCAGUUUACACAGGUUUGGACUACAUGAUCAGUUUGUAAUAUGUGCUUGGUGCUGUUCAAACAACAGUAACCACUGCAACCUUUCUUCAGUUAGGAAGGAAAUCAUAUUAAAUAUCUGAAACUUCUAAGACUUCAAAAAAAAUGUUUCGAUGGUAUUAUAAAGAAAAGAGAUCUACAGCGAAUGAAAUCAGUAUUUAAUUCACAGAAAAUUGUGCAUAUUCAUAAUUGAUUAAUUUCAAUUGUUUCUACUGAUUUUAUUUUCAUACU